AUGAAGGAAUGGUGGGUGCAGGUGGGGCUGCUGAGUGUGCCCCUCCUUGCUGUCUACCUGCACAUCCCACCCCCAAAGCUCUCCCCUGCUCUCCUCUCCUGGAGAUCCACUGGAAGCUUCUUCACCUACAAGGACCAGAACAUCUUCUACAGAGACUCGACCGGAGCCGUCGGCAGCUCCGACAUCGUGGUCCUCCUGCAUGGAUUCCCAACCUCCAGCUAUGACUGGUACAAGAUCUGGGAAGGGCUGACCCAGCGCUUCCACAGGGUGAUUGCUCUGGAUUUCAUAGGAUUUGGAUUCAGUGACAAGCCUAGGCCUCAUCGCUACUCCAUCUUCGAGCAGGCCAACGUCGUCGAGGGGUUGGUGCGUCACCUUGGCCUUGGCCACCAGAGGAUCAACCUCCUGUCCCAUGAUUAUGGAGACACAGUCGCCCAGGAGCUGCUGCACAGGUAUGAGCACAAUAAAACUGGAAGCAUCUUGAUCAACAGCCUCUGUUUAUCCAAUGGAGGGAUUUUCCCCGAAACACACUACCCCAGGUUCAUCCAGAAGAUCCUCAAGGAUGGGGGUUUGCUGUCUCCCAUCAUCCUGCGGCUGAUGAACUUCUUCUUCUUCUCCAGAGG